AUGGACCAACCUCUUCAUCAUCUUCAAGAAACCAAACCCACCGCCAUCACCGAUGUUACCACCACUCCAAACGAAACACCUAACACCAGCACUGAUAACAGCAACGACAGUAGCAACAACAACAACACUAUUAAGAAUCGUAAAUGCAAAGGUAAAGGUGGACCUGAUAACAACAAAUUCAGAUACCGUGGUGUUAGACAACGUAGUUGGGGUAAAUGGGUUGCUGAAAUUCGUGAGCCUCGUAAACGUACUCGUAAAUGGCUUGGUACUUUCUCAACUGCUGAAGAUGCUGCUAAAGCUUAUGAUCGUGCUGCUAUUAUUCUAUACGGUUCUAGGGCUCAGCUGAAUCUUCAAACCUCGGUUUCUUCUUCCAAUUCUUCUUCUCUUAACUCUUCGUCUUCUUCGAACCGGAACUCUUCUUCUAUUUCCACAAAUACUCUCCGUCCUUUACUUCCUCGUCCUUCUGGUUUUCCUGUUUACAAUAACCUUAUACCUUUUGGUGUUUACAAUAACUUCCAUCAUCAUAAUCAUCAUUAUCAUCAUCAACAACAACCGGUUUUCGAUAAUAGCGUUAAUCAUCAUCAACAUCAACAACUGGUGCAAGUGCAACUUCAGCAGCAGCAGCAGCAAUAUAAUCAACAUCAGAUUCAAGAUUUUGAGCAACAUGCAAGUGGCGGUUCGACUUCUGCUAGGUCAAUUACCUCGUACCAGAAUAUUAAUGGUGUUUAUAAUGACCAAGAACAACAUGCAGAAGAUGUUUUGAAUCAGCAACAGAUACAGAAGAAUAAUAAUAAUGUUGAGAAUUGUGAUGUGGUUGAGGGAAUUAUGAGCGGUUCAAAUUUGGUGGGGUUAUCAGCUUUUGAUUCCUGUCAAAAUAUUAAUACUAAAAUGGAUGGAACAGUGGUGGAUCCAGAUCCAGAAGGUGUUUGUGUUGGCUCUCCAAAUUCUAUGUGGCCUUUGACAAGUGAUUUAUGGGAUUAUAAUGAUCCUCUCUUCUUUGAUUUUUGA